GGCGUUCACAAUGCAUUCUUUAUUAACUACUGGAUUGUUCACUGCUUUAAUAGCAUUGGUCACCAGUCAACAAUACAAUAGAUUUGGUCAGGCCUACCCUUACCAAGGUAACAACCAGGCCUGGAAUGGUGGCAACGACAACCAAUAUGGCGGAAAUGAUAAUAAUAAUUUUGGUGGCGGAAACGACUUUGAUUACGGGGGAGGUGGUAACAACCAGUUCGGACGAAGUGGCAACGAAGUUGCAGGAGUACCCUGUACAGGAUUUGAGCUCGCCAUGACCUAUAUUCCCGACGAACAAGACUGCCACUCAUUUUACCGAUGUGCUCUACCCAGGAUGAACAAAGUCCAGUUUAAAUGUCCAGAUAACCAGGUCUUCGAUAAAAACUACCAUAAUUGCCGCACCCUGAUCCCAGGAGAAUGUUAGAACCCGGUUCGAGGGUGGGGCAACUAAUUAGGUAUAAUUUCGUCAAAGGUGCCAGAAAUGUCAUUAACGUGUCACCAUCUAGCAUCCUUCGAUAUAAGAUCCUCCAAUAAUAUGUUUGAACAUCCAAUGUUUGGCACCUUUGACCUUUACUCGGAAUUUAGACGCACCAUUCUUUCCUUAUCCCUCGAUAUGAAUAAACCCGUGGCGUUAUCUCGGACUAUGAACACGUCGAAGUAUUACUCUUUUCAUGAUCUCAAACUUAAGGCCUUCCCCUUCACAAUUAUGUUAGCUUGUAACCCGCCUGUGAAUGUUUUGCGUUUUCUCGGGAUUUAGACGCACCUUAAAUUUACAAAAUUAUUAGAAUUAGUUGCCCCUAUCCCCCAUUUUUUUUCUAAUCAAUUGCCUUUGCACAUAUAUUGUUAGCUUUAUAUGUUUUUAUAAAUAUCGCUGCUUGUUCUAUUUAUUAUCAUCUUGUGAUUUAUAGUAAAAUGUGAUAAUU